GCUCGUCCGAAAACAGACUGGAGGACUGUCAUUCCCUGCGGAAAUGUUCAAAACAGAGAAACUAAGAGCUGUGGUCAAUGAACGACUGCAGGCGGCUGCCGAGGAAAUAUUCAACCUCUUUGAAGAAGCUGUAAGAGACUAUGAGAAGGAAGUGUUCUGUUCAAAGCAGGAGGUCGAGCAACAACGGCGAAGCCUGGCCGAGUGGAAAGUCCCUCUGCAGUUCUCCAUCCAGGAAGAUUGUGCUUGCUCUGAGCAGGAUCACCCUGAGAAGAAGACAGACCUGUGUGAGGAUGACCGAGAGCCCCGGAUUAAAGAAGAACAGGAGGUAGAACUGUGGUCGGCUCCAGUGUGUGAAAAGCAGGAGGAGGCUGACACCAAAGACGCCAUGUUUAAUAUAAUUUAUGUGGAGAGAGGUGAGAAUGGGAAGCAUUCAGAAAAUCUGGGCCAGACUGUCAGGAAUGGUGAGGAAGAUCACUCGCCCAGCUGCUCAGCUCGAACUGUUAAACAAAGCUGUGGCGCAUCAGAGCCGACCAGCGAGUGUCCAUCGAGUGAAAUAAGUGAUGAUGAACAGCAAGACAGUGUGAAACGUCACUCGGGUGUAAACAGUAAGAGAGUAGAGAAAUCUGGCGAAACAGUAGAAAAACCUUACACCUGCAGCGUUUGCAGCAAGAAUUUCAGGAAUAAAUCCAUUCUGACUCGUCACAUGAAAACGCACACGAGAGAGAAACCCCACAGUUGCAGCGUGUGUGGCAAAAGCUUCAUCCAGCGCUCAUAUUUACAGACUCACAUGAACUCACACUCUGGACAGAAGCCGCACACGUGUAGCGUCUGCGGCAAGGGAUUCACUCAGGUGGGAAACAUGAACGCCCACAUGCGUAUCCACACAGGAGAGAAGCCUCACAGCUGUAACGACUGUGGUAAAAGAUUUAGAGAGAAAGCCGACCUUAUCAAGCACAUGGUAAUUCACACAGGUGAGAAACCCUACGGUUGCACCCUGUGCCAUAUUAAAUUCAGUGCCCAGUCGAAUCUGACUCGCCACAUGAAGACUCACUCAGGCGAGAGGCCGUACAGUUGCACGGCUUGUGGGAAAAGAUUCAUCCGACGCUCCCAUCUAGUUAUUCAUACGAACACUCACACAGGAGAGAAUAUCUAGACUUCAGAAAUUACUUGCUCUUUUAUAUUUUUCUUAAAUGUUCCUGAGUGGGUCAGAGAAUAUGUUAGAUGAAACACAAAUGUCAUACUGAAAAGUUUCUUUGUGCUAUUGUGGAAGAAGACAUGAAGAAAGUUGUAAUACUGUAGGUGAUUUGGUAAUGCUUCAGUUGCACGAGUCCAGAGACUGGCAGUGACCUCUACCAACCACCGCUGGUCAGUAAGCGAAAAUGCAUAUCCCCGAAAGGUUUGCAAGUGGUUGCUGGCUGUUGCCAAAUAGAAUUGGUGGCAAAGAGAUGCAUGGUGCUGCACUAAAAAUAACUUACACUAACUUUGGUCGCUAGAGGACCAAACCAGAAAUGGAAAACAUUCACUUUUAAAUCAAAAGCUGUGCCGUGCAGCUGCAGCCAACAUGUUUCAGUGUUCCAGUUUGCACUUUUAGAAUACUUGGUGACUGCUGUUGACUUUACAAACAAAACAAUUGCAAUAAUAUUUUAUGCUUUUAUUAUGUAAUAAUUAUAUUAUGUUUUAUUCCAGGCUUUCAAGGAACAAAUAAAAUAAUCAUUCUAACACACUUUAUAUAGAUAGAUAGAUAGAUAUAGAUAUAUAAAAAUAACUCUUUGGAGAAAGGUUUGACUUUUCUCCAAAAGACAGGAUUAGGGUUAUUACAUAUGAUAACUUAGAUCCCAGAGGAUACAAAAGUUUAUUCCUACUGAAUAUGUAAUUCUUUGAGUGUCUCCUACAAAGACAACAGCUCAAUGAUUUCCCAAUAAACCUCUUCAUGUAUCAGGUAGGAGCAAACGGUGCUUUUGUUGGGAAUAUUUUCAGACAUAUCUAACACACUAGUUAUUUCAGCAGCAGGAAGGUGCUUUUUGUGAUUGACUCAAAUUAACUGUGAUGACUGUGUUCAUUUAAGUGUAAAUGCAUAUUGUCCUGUGGGUUCAAGGUUUCAUUCAUGAGACUAUAUUAAGAAAAAUUGGUGAUGUGGGUGAUUGUGAUGAUUCAGUUUUCCUUUAAUCAAGAAACCAUCAGGCCUUAUCAAGAUGAUGGGAUGUUGAAUAUGUAAAGAUGUCUGAUGGGAUUGAGAAACAGAUCACAGACAGAAACAGGUAGUAAAGGGAAAUACCCAGUUUGAUGCUUUCACAGUCAAAGUGGAAGCCUGGAAAUUAAAUGAAAGGUCACUCUAUUAAACUUACUCUGCUUGGAGUUUUAAUUUUACAUAACUUUUGUUUUAGUGUAUUGAAUUAUUUUUCUCUUUCCUGUGUUUUUAUUCAAAUAU